UGACAGCUGUCAAAAGUGUCAAGUCAAUCUCAAUCAAAACGUCACAAUUUAAGUUUGUAAACAAUCAACGUGAGUUGACGCGCAGCUUCACGAUAUUCCAAUAAACUUUUCGAACGACGCUUUUCUAUUCUCAUACCAAGAUUCUCAUACAUAAUUCUAACCUCAAAAAACCAACACGUGAAUUUUAAGGACAAUGUUUAAGCACAAAACCCUACUUCUAAGUCGCCAAUUACAUUUAAGCAACGUUUUAAACUCUUACAAACAAGCCGUAGUAAAACAUUAUCUUCCAAACCACAAUAGAGUAAAACUCGACAUAAAAAAAUCGCCACCGUCGGCACCAACCUUUGAGGUAAAAUUAGGCCCUCGCCUUAAUAAUUUAGACAUACAAAUGUUGUCACCGAACAUUUAUAAGCAAGUUUUCUCCUCCAACUGUGAUACCCAGAAGCACGACACGUUAAUUGUAAAUCAGUGCCGACAAGCCCUCGAAAAACACAACAUGAAGAAGACUAAUAAUGAGCACAUGCGCGAUGUGGAAUUUAGAAUACCACCACUUGAAGGGAAGGAUAUUGUGGAACAUUUUCAAAAUAUAGGCGAGGAGCAGUUGAAGCCCUAUCGUGAUUUAGUUGAGGUUUUGUUGACGGAGAUACCGAAAGCUCCAGACAAAUGGCUCAUGCAGCAAGGGUGGACUCGAUAUGCUCCUGGAGUGGAACCAGAGCAAGUGCCAUACCCACUGGAAGAAGCACUGGUUUUUGAUAUUGAAGUGUGUCUGGCGACGGGGAAGACGCCCACCUUGGCGACAGCUGUCAGCAGUAAGGCAUGGUACGGUUGGGUUAGCCAAACCUUACUCGACGGAACAAGCAAACCAGUAACCACUCACCAAUACACUACCAACCAACUAAUCCCCAUCGAAAGCACCCCAACAGACACCGGUUUAAAAUUAACAGAACACAUGAAGAAGCCCAAAGUUAUCAUAGGCCACAACGUCUCAUACGACCGCACCAGAAUCAAAGAACAGUACUGGCUUCAUCGCACCGGAACUCGAUUCAUAGACACUAUGAGUCUCCACGUUUGCGUCAGUGGCCUAACCAGCUACCAACGUGCAGUUCUCAAAUCAGGAAAAAGCGAAGAAGAAGACGACGACUGGAAAAACUGCAGCUCUUUGAACAGUUUAGACGAAGUACAUAAGUUGUACUGCGGAGGAGCUAUUUCGAAAAAAACCAGAGACCUUUUCGUAGAGGGAUCGUUAAGUGACGUCAUAAAUGAGUUUCAAGGAGCCAUGAAGUACUGUAGUGAUGACGUGAUCGCUACGUACAAUGUGUUGAAGGUUUUGUUUCCUAUGUUCAUGCAGCGUUUCCCGCAUCCGGUUACGCUGGCGGGGAUGUUGGAGCUGAGUACGGCUUAUUUGCCUGUGAAUAACAAUUGGAAUAGGUAUAUUGAUAAUUCGGAACAAGCUUACGAAGAUUUGGAUAUAGAGAGGCAGGUGUUGUUGGCACGAAGGGCUGAUCAAGCGUGUCAGCUGCUACAUGGCGAAAAAUAUAAGGAAGAUUUGUGGUUGUGGGACCAAGAUUGGACCGUAAAGUAUCUCAAACUGAAGAAAAAUCCACCCAAACGAAAGAACAUUGAAAUAGCAGCAACCCAAGACGAGGAAAAUGAAAAAACUGAUCCUCCAGCUGCAAAGAAAAUCAAAUUGAAGAAAAAGCCAAGCAAAUCGAAGAACAUUGAAACGCCCUCUAUCGUACAUGUCGAAACUGAAGAAAUACAUCCCCUAGAAGAAAAAUUUCGAUAUUUAAAGGAAACGCGAAGUCUAUUAUCGAGUGCGAACUCUCACCUUCCAGGUUACCCGAACUGGUACCGGAAAUUAUGCACAAAAUCAGAUUCUUCGCCUGAUUGGGUUCCAGGACCUAAUCUAAUUAGCACGUCCAAGCAAAUCACACCAAAGAUUCUAUCAUUAACGUGGGAAGGGUAUCCUUUACACUACGUGAGAAAUAAAGGUUGGGGCUUCCUAAUACCGUUUACCGAUAAUUUAGACGUUAGCACAAACUUCCCAUUAAAGCAGCUCCUAGAAAAAUGUCCCUUGUUGGUGAUGAAAUCGAAAGAGGGUCCGACAGACGAUACGUUAACCAACAUAAGUAAUAUAGUCCAGGAUAGCUUGAUCCGUAAAGAAUAUUACUCUAAACUGAAAAAGGAUAAAACUGGAGGACACUACAAAGGUACAGGCAUUUGGUGCAACACCGAAAUCGAAGACUGUUGUUUCUUCAUGAAGUUGCCUCAUAAAAACGGACCGGCCUACAACGUGGGCAACCCUUUAGCAAGAGAUUUCUUGAACAAGUUCUCCGAAAACGUCUUAGCGGGUGAUACAGAAAGUGCUGAAUUAGUGUUAUCCAUCGCUCGGAUGUUGUCGUACUGGCGUAACAACAGAGCCCGGAUUUACGACCAGAUGGUAGUUUGGCUGGACGAGAAUAAUCUCCCCAAGAACUUACAAGGAACUGGACAAUACGGCGCAAUAAUCCCUCAAGUCGUGGUUUGUGGCACUUUAACCAGACGAGCUGUCGAACCCACAUGGAUGACCGCUUCCAACGCCCAGAAAGACCGAGUCGGGUCGGAACUAAGAGCCAUGGUGCAAGCUCCACCUGGGUACAAUCUAGUCGGCGCAGACGUGGAUUCUCAAGAACUGUGGAUAGCGUCAGUGAUCGGAGAUGCCCACCAUGCUAAAAUGCACGGGGCUACACCUUUUGGGUGGAUGACGCUGAGCGGCAACAAAUCUGACGGUACCGACAUGCAUAGCAUGACUGCCAAAGCCGUAGGAAUCUCAAGGGACCACGCUAAAGUCAUCAAUUACGCCAGAAUUUACGGAGCUGGACAAAACUUCGCCGAGACGCUCCUCAAGCAGUUCAACCCCUCGAUGUCCGAAGCGGAAGCGAGAUCCAAAGCUACGAAAAUGUUCGCGUUGACGAAGGGCAAACGCAUUUACUUUCUCAAACCGGAGUUCCGAGAGGACUUUCCAGACCAAGCGUACUCCAAGUGGCAGGCUUUCGAAAUCGCCAAGAUCUGCGGCAAACAUGUCGACGACGUGUUCGUGAAACCCAAUUGGGUCGGUGGUACGGAAUCCGCGAUGUUUAACAGAUUGGAGGCGAUUGCUAACAGCCCGAAUCCGUCGACUCCGUUCUUGAACGGUUGCUUGAGCAGAGCUCUGGAGCCGAAAUCGACCGGAGAAGAUCGGUACUUGCCGACGCGAGUGAACUGGGUCGUACAGAGUGGGGCGGUAGAUUUUUUGCAUUUGAUGUUGGUGUGUAUGAGGUGGAUUAUGCGGGAUAAAGCGAGGUUCUGUUUGAGUUUUCAUGAUGAGGUUAGGUAUUUAGUUCCGGAGAAGUAUAAAUAUCAAGCGGCGCUUGCGAUGCACGUGACGAAUCUCUUAACGAGGACUUUCUGCUCGGUUAGGUUAGGUAUUAAUGAUUUACCGCAGUCGGUAGCGUUUUUCUCGACGGUGGAAGUAGAUACAGUGUUGAGGAAGGACGCGAAGCAGGACUGUAAAACGCCGUCUAAUCCACACGGGUUGGAAAAGGGGUAUAAUGUUGGGAAUGGGGAGUCGCUUGAUGUGUACGAAGCUGUUAAGAAGGCGAGGGGGAAAUAUAGCUCUUGGUAUGAACAACUGCGAUAAUAAAACGAGUUCUAUGAAAGAUAAGUUUGUUAAUAAAAGAUUCCGUUAA